AUGGCUAACUCGCAGUACGGUAGUAUGAUACCCAAUUCCCAUAUAGCCCUGAAAUUUUCCUCUGGCCAAGAAUCACCACAACCACACCAGCCCAGCCAGGUACUUUACUGUAUGAUACAAGUACAGUACAAGUACAAGUACAGCGCAGGCACCGACCAACCACGGCCCAAAGAAAGAAAGGAGAUCCCAGUGAACCCCCUCCUCCCUAGUUCACCUCUCUAUCAAAAGCUCCGCAAAGUGCUAGUAACAACAGUACUGCACAGUACAGCACACUACUCAUGCGCCGAGAAAGAAGGAAGAACAAAGGCGAGAUCCGAAUAGUUCUAUAAUCUGUCGCUAUGAUACAACUCUUUCCUUCUUCGAAACAACAACAAAAAAAAAAAUGGAACAGCGAGCCAGCCAGCGAAGGAAUGAAUUCCCUUCCUAUAGGGCCGUAUGAACACAAGUAACCGGUAUGAUAACUGUGUAUCAUACCUAGGUAGGUAUGGUAAUUAUGAUAAUAUUAUUAUGAUAAGUCUAACCAGAGCACAAACCAACCCCCUCCCCGCCCCCCUCAAGAAGUCCGGGCGCGCAAUAACCCAUCCUACAGCCGCAAGAAAGAAAGUAACAUGGUCAAGGUAAUCUCACUACCGUUACACUCACAUAGCAUGCAGGAACUAGACUAAAUGCACGUCCCGCCCGCAUGCCCGCACCAGCCACCACCACCACCCCCCCCCAAAAGGAAAGGGUAAAUUAGAUAACCUUACUUUAUGAUACUGUUAUCUCCCGAGUAGAGUAUAUAUAUCGAACCUGGUUGGUAUCGUAUCGUACUCCAUGCCACAAAAAAAAAAAAAAGCCCCCCGAAUAACCUCCCGACCUCGAUGCAGUUGGCGACGGAUAUUUUACUGCGGUGCGAUGUCCUCGAGCACGGUACAGUACAUAGGAAGGAGGGGAGGGGAAGUGGGGUGUAUGGAGGGCUGAAAUGAAUGAUACGGCGGCUUGCUUGGCGGAGUUAUUUUUUAUUUUUUUCCCUUCUUCCCGUUUGUGUUACGGGAGAUAUUUACACAGUUAUUUACUUGUUUGUGCUUCUUC